AUGCCUGACCUAUCAAAGACGCGCCUUCGGAUGAACGGUUUCGGCCGAGACGCGCAGGCGAUGAAUGAGCAGCUCCUCUGCGAGAUCUACGAUGUUCGCAAUCAGAUCAUCGACCUAGUCUAUCCGUUCAAGGCUGUCUGCCGCGACAAAGCUGAGCAUGACGAGAAGGCGAAGAAACACAUCACAGGAGGUCCGUUCAAGAAGUUUGAGGCGGUCUUGGAGAAAGCUGGCACUGAUUACUUCUGCGGUAAGUCACCGUGCGUGUGCGAUUUUCACAUCUGGGAGAUGCUCGAUCAGAACAAAAUUCUCGCAGAGAGGCAGGGUUGUGGUGACAUCUUCGAGUCCAUUCCGAAGUGCAAGGCCUUCUACGAUCGUUUCAGAGCUUUGCCAACGCUCCAGAAGUAUUUUGAAUCUGACGCAUACAAGUUCCCGAUCAACAACCCUAUCGCUGACACGUACAUGGCGUGA